CUCAGUCACAAACAACCACGGCCACCCCACCCAGCCCCUCCUUCUCUCUGCUAUGAGCUCAGAGCAGCGGGACAAAGUUCUCGGGACACAGACGGAGAGGCCUGAAAGCAGCCAUGGGAUCUGGAGGAAUGGGCCUCCUUAGGGUCAGGUGGCUCCUGUUUCUCCUUCUUCUGCUCGUUCUGGGCAGCAAGGCUCAGGAGUUCCCACCUCAGAUUCUAGUUCACCCCCAGGACCAGCUGCUCCAGGGCUCUGGCCCUGCCAAGAUGAGCUGCAAAGCAUCAGGCCAGCCACCUCCUACUAUCCGCUGGCUUCAGAAUGGGCAGCCUCUGAGCAUGAUGUCCCCAGACCUACAUCACCUCCUACCUGAUGGAACUCUUUUAUUGCUGCGGCCUCCUGCCCGGGGACAUACCUAUGAUGACCAGGCCCUAUCCACAGUCUUGGGCGUGUACACAUGUGAGGCCAGCAAUGAACUGGGCACAGCAGUCAGCAGAGGGGCUCGGCUGUCUGUAGCUGUCCUCCAGGAGGAUUUCCAGAUCCAGCCUCGAGACAAGGUGGCUGUGGUGGGGGAGCAAGUUAUUCUGGAGUGUGGACCACCCUGGGGCUACCCAGAGCCCUCAGUUUCAUGGUGGAAAGAUGGGAAACCCCUAGUUCUGCAGCCAGGGCGGCACACGAUGUCCAAGGGUUCUCUGCUGGUGGAAAGAGCAGAGAAGAGCGAUACAGGGACCUAUAUGUGUGUGGCCAACAACAAUGCAGGACAACGGGAGAGCCGGGCAGCCAGGGUAUCUGUCCAGGAGUCCCAGGACCACAAGGAACCUCUGGAACUUUUGGCUGUGCGCAUUCAGCUAGAAAAUGUGACCCUGCUGAACCCAGAUCCUGAGAAGAGUCCCAAAUCGGGGCCUAUUGUAUGGCUCAGCUGGAAGGUGAGUGGUCCAGCUGCACCUGCUCAGUCCUACACAGCCUUGUUCCGGACCCAGACUGCCUCAGGAGGCCAGGCAGUUCCAUGGGCAGAGGAGCUGCUGGUUGGCUGGCAGAGUGCAGAGCUUGGGGGCCUCCACUGGGGCCAAGACUACGAGUUCAAAGUGAGACCAUCCUCUGGUCGGGCUCGAGGCCCUGACAGCAAUGUGCUGCUCCUGAGGCUGCCAGAACAAGUGCCCAGUGCCCCACCCCAGGAAGUCACCCUAAAACCUGGCAAUGGAAGUAUCCUUGUGAGCUGGGUCCCACCACCUGCUGAAAACCACAAUGGUGUCAUCCGUGGAUACCAGGUCUGCAGCGUGGGCAAUACCUCAUUGCCCACAGUCAACUGGACCGUAGUGGGUGAGCAGACCCAGCUGGAGAUCACCACCCGAAUACCAGGCUUCUACUGUGUGCAAGUGGCUGCAGUCACUGGUGCUGGAGCUGGGAAACCCAGUACCCCUGUCUGCCUCCAUUUAGAGCAGACCAGUGAGCGAUCUGCCCGAGAACCCAGCAAGCACCGUCUCUGGACCCUGGAGCAGCUGAGGGCCACCUUGAGGCGGCCAGAGGUCAUCGCCAGCGGAGGUGUCCUGCUCUGGCUGAUGCUGCUGGGUACUGCUGUGUGCAUCCACCGCCGGCGCCGAGCUGGUGUGCACCUGGGCCCAGGUCUCUACAGGUACACCAGUGAGGAUGCCAUCUUAAAACACAGAAUGGACCACAGUGACUCCCCCUGGCUGGCAGACACUUGGCGUUCAACUUCUGGCUCUCGGGACCUGAGCAGCAGCAGCAGCCUCAACAGUCGACUGGGAGUAGACCCCCGGGACCCUCUAGACUGUCGGCGCUCCUUGAUCUCCUGGGACCCCAGAAGCCCUGGUGUUCCCCUGCUUCCAGACACCAGCACUUUUUAUGGCUCUCUCAUUGCUGAGCUGCCCUCUAGCCCUCCAGCCCAGCCAAGCCCACAGGCCCCAGCUGCCAGGCGCCUCCCGCCCCAGCUGGCCCAGACCUCCAAUCCUUGGCCCAGCUCAGACAGCCUCUGCAGCCGCAGGGGACUCUCUUCACCACGUUUGUCUCUGGCUGCCACAGAGGCUUGGAAGACCAAAAAGAAGCAGGAGUUGCACCAAGCCAACAGUUCUCCACUGCUCCGGGGUAGCUGUUCCACGGAGCUCUGGGCCCGGGAAUUGGGAAAUAGAGGUUCCAAGAAUCUUUCUCAAAACACAGGAGCUGUGCCCCGAGCUCUGGUGGCCUGGCGGGCCCUGGGACCACAACUUCUCAGGAAUUCAAAUGAUCUGAUGACUCGCCCUCUCCCUCCAACUCCCCUCUCUCCUCGUGGAACCCCGACUCAGAGUCAGCAGACCCAGCACUUGGUGGAGCCCCAAGCUCCCUCUGCCCUGCUGCCAGCAGCCCCCCUCUCCAUCCAUACUCCCUCCAGGCCCCCCAGCCCCCAGGCCUCUUCCCUCUCUGGUCCCAGUCCAGCUUCCAGUCGCCUGUCCAGCUCUUCAUUGUCAUCACUGGGGGAGGAUCAGGACAGUGUACUGACCCCUGAGGAGGUGGCCCUUUGCCUGGAACUCAGUGAGGGUGAGGAGACGCCCCGGAACAGCGUCUCUCCAAUGCCAAGGGCUCCUUCACCCCCCUCAACCUAUGGAUACAUCAGCAUCCCGACGGCCUCAGGGCUAGCAGACAUGGGCAGGGCUGGGGUAGGAGUGGAGUCUGAGGCAGGGGGCUUGUUGUGCCCACCUCGGCCCUGCCCCACUCCCACCCCCAGUGAGGGCUCUCUGGUCAAUGGUUGGGGCUCAGCCUCUGAGGAUAAUGCCCCCAGUGCCAGAGCCAGCCUUGUCAGCUCCUCUGACGGCUCCUUCCUCGCUGAUGCCCACUUUGCCCGUGCGCUGGCAGUAGCUGUGGAUAGCUUUGGUUUUGGUCUGGAGCCCAGAGAGACAGACUGCGUCUUCACUGAUGCUUCAUCACCGCCCUCCCCACGGGAUGACCUCUUCCUGACCUCCACCCUCUCCCUGCCCCUGUGGGAGUGGAGGCCCGACUGGCUGGAGGAUGAGGAGAUCAACCAUGCCCGACGGCUGGGAAGGGGGCUGCCUCCCUGGCCCCCUGACUCUAGGAUCUCUUGCCAGCGAAGUCAACUGAGCUGUCCUGUUCCCAAGGAUGGCAAUUCCUCCUGAACCAUGACCUUGAGAUUGCCAGAAGAGCAUCGGGACCAUCUCUCCUGUCUACCCACAAGGUCUGGUGUAUGGCCUGGGGGUCUUGGCCUAUGCUUCUUGCAGUGGGAGUCCACCUUCUUCAGCCUCCAGGAGAUUCCACAAAUGAAAGCAGAACCGGAGCCCUCAGGAAGCAAAAUGUCAUCUCUACCUUCAGGACUCUCUCUUUUGUUCCAACCACUCCCACAAUCAAAGCCUGUGGCCUAAGGAACAGCCCUGUCUCCUGCUAGCUCCAUGAGAAAUGGGGGAGCCAGUAAUGUCUCCAUGGAGAAAAGCAGCAGCUAAUGGGAGAGGGCUUUAGAGGAAGGCACUUGUAGUCUCCCUUUAGUCCUCCCUGGGACCUCUUCUAGAAACCAGCUCAACCCUCUCCCCAGCCACACUGUGUAAAGAAAAUAAAGAGCAAUGUAUGUAGGCAACAAGACCCUACCAAGUGCCAAGGCCAAGGGUUCGAGCUAGAUCUAGGGAGGAAGCUAAAGGAAAGAAGGUGUAAGAAUGUAGGACAAAAGCAUCCUUCCCAUCCUGUUGUCACUUUGAGUUUAAGGAACUAGACAUGAUAAAACUGUAAAGACUUGA